AUGCUAACCAACCGACUCAUUCAGGCUGGUCCAAAAGACACAUCGCCAAACAACAGCAUCACCGUGGCCCCUGGCCCCGUUGCACCAGCACACAGUGAUGUUGAUUCUUCCCGCAGCACACCUGCCGAGAUGGAUGGUGUCGAAGAGCACGGGGCAAGGCCCUCCAGUGUUUCCAGCUCUACCGAGAUCGCAAAGAGCAACGGCCAAACAGUCAUCGUGGACGGCCGUGUGGUGGACGCUUACGACUACCAGUUCUCUGACCUCGAUGAAAUCACCAUCCGCCAGCUGAAGGAAGAUAUCCUCGCCUACGAGUACGAUCUCGACUACUGCAAGUCCCAGCUUCACGAGGACGAUCUCACUCCGCAAGAGAUGCGCACCCUGCAGCUGCGCAUCCUCGACCUGGGUCAUCAAAUUCGCCACUGUAAGCACCGCAUCGAGACCAUCCAAGCGCAAGCGCGCCGCUCUGUCUGGCGACCGGGUGGCUAUGCAGCUUUUCCCUCUUCCUCGAUCAACUACGGCCUCAACGGCACCAGCAAGCCUGGCCGCAAGCCCGCCGCAGGCACAACAGCUGUCCUACCGACCAGACCGGCUGUCAUAGACUCUGCGGCCCAGCCUACCACUAUAUCGACCGGCAAACGCUCCUCAGAAGACGAUGCUAGCGAGACUAGUACUAAACGCAUGAAAUCAUCGCCCUCUCCCGAGCCAGAGCGAUAUCUUAGGCGGGGCAGCUCGCAGGAGGGUGUCAACACGGCGUUGCAGCGUCUCGGUUUCUGGAAGUGCCGGCUUUGCUCGGCGCCCAAGUACUUGCUGGCGGGCAACCCGCGGUCUCCAGCGGCGCCGUGCAAGUGGCCGCUGAAGGACAUAUCGAAGAUGAUUACGCACUUUACUGAGAUGCAUGGCGAGCAUACGCCGGCGGAGAGGUGUGCUGAAUUGGGGGCUGCGUUGAGGCAAAAUCGCGGUCCGUUCGAGUACUGGCUGCGCAAGACCCGCGCCCAGAACAUCACAGACGGCAGAGUCAUCGACGAGUGUCUUCAGGAGCUGCUCAAGGGCCGGAUGCCCGAGCUGCUCCGCCGCCAUAGUCGUGCGGCUGCGGGGAUGGCCAUGUCCUGA